GUUCACUUCCUCCAAAACCAAAUCUUAAAUAUACGCAAUGUCCAGGACAAUAUCCUAUCCCUAACAAAUAUCAAAUAGAAGCCUUUUGGGGGCGUAAUAAAAAAAAUCAUGUUCAAACAUCUAUUGAUUAUGUUGAAGGGAUUCCAUAUUUUAAGAUUGAAUGGAUACAUAAUGAACAAAACUAUAUAAUAGUUUCACAAAUCUCUCCUUCGGAUGCAUCUAAUAAAUAUUUACAAAUAAUGGAUCAAUCUAAUAUUUCAAGAAGAGGAUAUAGAGCUUUGACAACUGCUUUACAGGAUUUGCCAAAAGAAUAG